AUGCCCCGCCCCGAUGGGUGUGGGCCGGGGAGCCAUGAGCCUCCAACCCAGGAGGACCCAGUACCCCCGCCUCCAAGACUUGGAGAGGACUCAGCUCCUGCUGGCGCGCCGUCUCCCAGCGUCUCUCCUGAGCCGCCACCAGCCAAGGCCCCGUGGGGGUCCCCCACCUCCAGCCCGCCCCCCAACCGGCUCAUGUGCCAGGCACACGGGUACCGUUGUCAUAGGGGCUUCAGCCGCCAUCGACCACAGCCCAUCCGGGGCCGUGAGGAUGGCAACCAUCAGGCGCUGGGGUCAGAAGCCAAGUCUGGGGCAGCUGCCACCAGCGCAGGCACAGGGCUCUCCUCUCCAGAACCCUGCCCCCAUCAUCACGCCCAGGACUCUCUUCACAGAGCGGGGAGAAACCCGACGCUUGCCCUCCCCCCCGCCCCCGCCCCGGGGCCUUUGCCCCAGGGUGGUCUCCUCUGCAGCGGCUCUACUGCGCCCUGGGCACAUAGCCCUCAGGUGUGGACGGCGAGCCCCUGCAGUCCCUCACGGGUCCCUGAGCCCGGGGUGACCAGGGGCGCAGGCGCUGGGGGCUGGCCCUCAGCUGGGGCCCCCACUGCACUUGGGGCUCCCGCCUCCAGCCUGGCCCCCAUGUCAGGAGUAACCAGGGCCUCAGAGACACACAGGCUGGCCCGAUGUGUUGCUCCCGGAGUGUGGAGGCCACUGCACGUUCGCUGCGCCCUUGGGGGCCCCAGGGGACGGCCCUCCCACAGGUGA